AUGUUGUCUCAACAAGAAAGAAAGGAACGGCAAGCCAAAAUUGACGAAAACAAGAAAAAAGCUAUAGAACAAAAUCGAAAAAUGAUGGAUACUCCAAUUAGAAGAUACCAAUUUAGAGCUGAGGUGAUAAAAGUUUGCUUGUAUGUUUUCUUUCCUGUGGCUGCUGUUUGGAUUUUUAAUAGCACUUUUGUGGAAGGAAAAAUGGUAAGUUGGAAAUUUUGUGAAAAAUAAAUUUUGGAGGGUAAAGACUUGCGGACACUAUUUUUUGCGAAAUUUUGGCUCUUGUCCAGAUUACCGUACAAUGAAAUAUUUAUGGGCUCGAAUAAAUUUUUAUGUGUCCAAUCGAUGUCGAUAAGUAUCCGGUUCUGUGUGUUAGAACCUUUACCCUGGAUGAGCAGAGCUUUCUAUUCCCAUAAAUUUUAUGGUAUUAAAUUGAACCGAGUACU